AUGAGCACCGACCAGUCCAGCGAGAAGACCCCACAAGUCCAUGAGGGAGCAAAGCUGUCUACUGCGGCCUCGCCCACCCCUGUUCCCCUUGCGACCGCGCAGAAGAAGACGACGUUCUUGGACAAGCUACCGCCAUGGAUCAUCACAAACUUGCGAAGCGCGAAGUCGAGGAAGAUGCUGCUGAGAUGUUGGCUGGCUUCCUGGUGCGCGUUCAUACUCAUCAUUCCGGAAAAGUCGUUGGCUACCCUGGGCAGCACUGCGUUCUUCGCGCUUCUGGUAUCAAUGCUCCUGCCGCCGAAUAUGCCAUUGCAGGUUUUCUUCUUCGCGGUCGCUACUCUAGUGAUUGGUAUCUCUCUGGGUUGGGCUCUUUCGUGCGCGGCGAUGGCGGCAUCUUUGAAAGUCCGCAAUCAGACGGUCUUGAAGGAGACGCUUCAAAAGACUCGAGAAAGUGCCGCAGGUAUGGCCAACCCCGAGGCCGAGUUCAAAGACGCCAUUUUCAACGGCGAAUUUCUAGAGGCUUCCUCUGACGCGAUCUUCGGUGUAUUCCUUGGCUGCGGCGUCUUCAUGUUCGCCCUGAUGCGGGCAUAUGCGCCGAAGCUGACUUUCACGAGCGUUUUCGGCAUGAUCGCAAUGGACAUCUUCUGUAGCUACGGUCCACUGUUUCCGUUCGCGCAGUACACCCUCCUCAACUCCAUGCUCACAUCAGUUGCCUGCUAUAUUGCUAUAGCGCUGGUGCUCACUGUCUUCGUGUUCCCGGAGACUCUGAAUCACUCUCAUAUGGACGCCGUGGCCAAUCUCCUAGAGAAGUUCAAAACCAGCAUCACAGUUCAGGAUGAAGUUUUACAAGCCGACCCACAUGACGUCAUGCCCGGAAAGCCUCUCGCUGGGAAGAUCAAGGGGCUCAGGGCCAGUUCACUUGCUCAAAUUCAAAGACUAUUGGCGUCGAAGCAGUUCCUCGAUAUUGAAUUCACUUCGCUCAACGGGUCCGCCCAGCUAAUGUCGAGCUUGUUGGCUCUGUCGGAAGAGCCCACUCCCGAAAACGAAUCGGUGGCCGAUUCUCAAAUCACCGCAACUGGCGACUCGUACCUGUUCCGCCAGUUCCGGAACUGCAACGCGACUGUCGAACAGGAGCACCGGGUCCGGCUCGUGGACAUUCUCCCCACCAUCCGCGAGGCAACAUCCGAAGUCCGCGCGGCAGCCCACGAGGUCCUUUCCAACAUCAAGUUGUUGGACGCCCUCCUCAUCGAGCUCGACAAAUCACUUACCCUGCUCAAGGAUGCCAUGGCAGCAUUCAAGAAUAAUGGCCGGUUCGUCCUCCUGCAGCCGUUCCAGCCGCUGCUCGAGCACCACGACGCCGGCAAGAUCCGUCAUCUCCCUCUCCGCUCGCUAUACGUGGCAUUUGCGUUCACUUCGAACCUCACAACGGUCUGUCGUGCGAUCCAGACUCUAGCGGAAACUGUCAUUGCGGUCGCGUCGAAACGGAAGACGCCGAAGCUAUGGGGACCCACCAGUUUCAGGCGUCUGUGGCAGGUCCUUCGCUCGUCGCGUGGGUCAGGGCAGGAUGUGGUCGGAGAAGACCACACGUCUGAUAAGCCUCAGGAUGCCGAGGAAAUCAGGGCGCACAAGCGGGACCCGGACAGCCGGCCCCCUCGGAACUUUCUGCAGCGCAUUGCAAACGCUGUGCACAAAGUCUAUAGAUGGGCCGGGACCCCGGAAGCGUUGUUUGCGUUCCGGAUGGUCAUUCUUACUAUCGCCUUAUGGAUACCACAAGUGGUUCAAGCAUCUGCAGGCUUUGUGUACAGAGAGCGCGGGAUAUGGGUAUUGAUCAUGGCUCAAUCAACGAUGAAUGUAUACGCCUCCGACCAAGUGUACAUUUACGUGCUCCGUAUUAUCGGGACUUUCGUCGGAGCCCUUCUGGGUAUGGCGUGUUGGUACAUCGGCGCGGGGAGCGGCACUGGAAAUCCGUAUGGUAACGCCGCCAGUGCCGCGGUGUUUAUCCUUCCCAUCAUCUUCUUGCGGCUUCACGCUCCACCGCAAUGGCUGCUUGGUGCUACCAUGACUGGAGCGACAUUCAGUAUCGUCCUUGGUUACUCGUGGAUCAACGGGAAUCUCUCCGACCUCACCGCAGAUAUCGGCAUUGGCUGGGACGUCACGUGGAAACGGUGGCUCACCACCAUGAUCGGUUGCGCCGCGUCGUUCAUCGUAAUGAUGCUGCCACCUAAGUCAGGGCGUAAGGCCGUGCGAAUCCGGAACGCGAACGUCCUCUCCGGGAUCUCUUACGUGUACUCGCAUCUCACCUCAAUCUGGCUCUCCGCCGACGAGUCCUUUCAGCUCCCAGGCGGACAGUUCACGCCUGCGUCGCGUGGCUGGCGCGAGGACCUCCGCGCGAAAUUCAUCGUCCUCAGUGAGCAAAUCCAGGACCUGCGGAGGCGGACAGAGAUGUGCAAGUGGGAGGGGAACAUCCGCGGCACAUGGCCAUACGAGGACUACAGCAGGAUGGUGGAGCUUCAGAGCGAGAUGCUGAACAGCUUGGUGCUGACGGCGAGCGCGCUCGUGAACAUGGACCCUGCCAUGCGCAAGUCGACGAUCCCACACACAACCAUUCUCAACCCGCACUUUCUCGGCGACGUCACCUCGACUUUCUACGCAAUCGCAUCGUCCCUUCGACGGCGAGCCGCUGCACGAAGCGCAACUGAAGAACCUCCGGACAGCCUGCACUACCACCGCAUGUACGCGUACGGGGCCUCACCCUCGGAGUCGGCGCGCCCGUUUGAGGAGGAGCGGUCCAAGAUUCGCCACUCGCUCCACGACGUCGGGCACAUGUCGUACGCGACCGCCGUGGUCGGCAUGCUGCAGCUUACAAGUCACCUCACUGAGCUCCGGAAACUCGCGGCUGGCCUGGUUGGAGAGGUUCCGCUGGAUGGGUACGCGGCCUGGAGGGAGCAGUACGACAAGCAGAGGGCCGCCGUGUGA